AUGACAAAUUCAAAAUUAUCCUAUUACACGGGGACGAAUAAACAACAAACAGAAGAUAUUUCCUCAGAAACAACAACAACAACAACGACAACAUCAACAACGAGAAAAAAAGUAACGACUGCAACUACAACAACCACAAGAGCCACACUGAGCAACUCGUCCGGCACGAUGACAACAGUUACGACAACAUCAGCGGCAGUAACGACAACAACGACGACAAAAACAACGACACUGAAACCAUCCCUUUCUAGAUCGAAAGCAACAUCAAAGACAUCGGGAAUGAAAUUAUGCGGUAACAACAAUUGCAAAAACAUCACCGAAAGAUACAGGCGCAGGCCGCAAUCAAAAUCUUCAAUGGCACCGCCCACAGCUUCAAAAUCACAUCUGAAGAGAUCGUUAUCAAGAUCUUUAUCGCCCUCACCACCACCACCAUUAUCAGCAUCAUCAUCAGCAACAACAAGAUCCUUAUCAUCACUGACAAAAGAAAUGAGAACCGGCCAAUCAGGGCUUACUAAGGAGGCAUCGAGCAAUUCAAUUGACAUCAGUGCCGUCCUUAACAAUGCACUCGUCAGGAAGCCUGCUGUCCUGUCUUUUUUUCCUAAUUCCUCUACGACAUCUGCAGCUAAAAAUUUUGCUAAAAAAUGUUCCCAGAAUCGUUGCGCAACACCUGCAACAACCAACUUCAACGAAAACUGUUCCCCGAAUUGUUGCGCAACAUCUACAGCAGCAGAACUCCUUAAAAAGUGUACGCCAAAGUCUCGUGGUGGUCCCUCUUCAGCUGCGAAGUUUAUUAAAAAAUGUUUCCCACAGCAGUUGGAAGCGUGUGGAGGGAGAGGGGAUGAGACAGGUGACCCUGCUACGUUCAAUGGAGAUCCUGUACCGCCGAUUUUAUUACCAGCUACCCCGAACGAUCAAAUUAUACCAUCUACUGCUGAACUUUUCUUGCACACAGGAUCUGUUACAACGACAAAAACAGAAAUAGGUGAUGAAAACCCUGACGAUCGAGUGUUUUUUUGGGGUCCACAGGGUGGUCCUCCAAUGCUAAUGGCAGCGGACGAGAAAAUGAAAAAAUAUGGGAACGCCCUUCCCUCGAUGGAAUUCUUGCCAAUAUGCAUCGAGGUUCUCGGCCCGAUGGACCCCAACACCCUUAAAUUUCUUAAGGAAAUAUGCAAAAUGAUCAGCGUCAGAUCAGGCGACAGCAGGGAACUGUUUUUCGCAACUAACCACAUUUCGUGCUUGUUGCAGCGGUUCCUGCGUGUCUGUGUGCUUGAAAAUAUCCAACUGAAUGCCGACAUGUGCAAUUAA